AUGACGGUCGAUCAAUAUUAUGACCGGGAGGUGCAAAAGAUCUACGACACCGUAAUCACCGAGGUGGAAAAGGACAAGAGCAGAAAGUUCUCCUUCGCCGAAACGGGCUUUUUGAUGCGGUGGGUGGAGCACAACCAGACUACCGUAUCCCGCCUGCAAAAACUCGUUCAGAAUGGCCAAAUUGAGCUGAUCGGCGGCGGAUGGGUGCAAAAUGAUGAAGCCGCCGCACACUAUGUGGAUAUCAUCGACCAGAUGACGUUAGGACUCGAGCAUCUAAAGGUGUUGUUCGGACCGAACUGCAGCCAGCCGAAAGCCGCGUGGCAGAUCGACCCAUUUGGGCACAGCCGUGAAUUCGCUAAUUUGGCUGCGCAGAUGGGCUACGAGUCGCUGUAUUUCGGGCGUAUCCACUACGUCGACCGCUCCCUCCGCCAUUCCACGAAAAACAACGAGUUCAACUGGAUUGGGUCCGAUGAGCAAAAGACCUCGCUGCUGACGGGGGCGCUUUAUUGGGAUUACUCGCCGCCGAGUGGCUUCUGCUUUGACAGCGGCUGUAAUGACGAGGAGAUUCAGGACGACCCGAACCAACCAGGCUACAACGUCGUCCGCCGCGCCCAGCAAUUUCUCAGCUACGUCACUGAACAGGCCAGUCACUACAAGACGAAGAACGUCAUCCUCACCAUGGGAAUGGACUUUAACUAUCAGAUGGCCGAGAAGUGGUACAGGAAUCUCGACAAGUUGAUCAAGUAUUUUAAUGCUAAUCCGUCGAUGGGACUGAACCUGCUCUACUCUACGCCGGCAUGCUACACGAAAGCCGUCCAGAAAGCGCAGCCCGUGCUCACCACCAAAAGCGACGACUUCUUCCCCUACGCCUCGGCUCAGAACAGCUACUGGACCGGCUACUUCACCUCGAGACCGGCUUUUAAGGGAAUGAUCCGCCAGGCCUCCUCACUAUUGAAUCUAGGAAAGCAGCUAUCGGCCCAUUUCCUGCUUGGUGAUGACGCGGCGCUGGAGACGGCCAAACGGGCCAGCGGACUGGUUCAGCAUCACGAUGCUGUUACGGGAACAGCUAAACAAGUCGUCACUUAUGAUUAUCAGCAACGUCUUCACAAGGGAAUGAUCCAGUUGGAGACACUUGCCACCCACGCCAUCCAGUCCGCCACGCAACAAACUACAGCCCCGAAGCACCAGCUGUGCCUUGAGGCCAACGAGACGACUUGCGCAGCCAUUUUCAACAAGGCCUCGUACGUGGCUACCGUAUUCAACCCGCUGGGCCAGGCCUCGAAUACGGUAGUCGAGAUCCCCUCCUAUGCAACCCAGGCCGCCGUAUACGACUACGCUGGGCAACCCAUUACGGGUGCGCAGCUGGUCCUCGCGGCGUCUAGCCAGGCAAAUGCGGCUGAUGGGGCACCGUAUACACUCUACGUACCGCUACAAGUAGAUCCGCUCGGAUUCCGAUCGAUUUAUGUGGACACGAUGGCAAAAAAGGGCGCGCUCACCGUCCAGAAGCCAGAAACGCCGCUUCGCGACGCGACGUCGACCUUGGAAAAUAGCUUAAUCCGACUGGAAUUCAAUGUAGAUGGCUCAUUGGAGGCCGUCGUCGACAAGACCACCGGCAAUCGACAGCUUCUCAAGCAGCAAUUUUACUUUUAUGAGAGCGCAGGCCUCGGAAGUCAGCCAUCUGGUGCCUACAUUUUCCGCCCGUCCAAACAAAUGCCAGAGAUCAUCUCCGAAUCGAUUCAGCUGGAACUUAUUAGGGGCCCAACCGUAUUCGAAGCCCGGCAAAAAGUGACGGAUUGGGUCUCCCAAACGAUCCGCCUCCACGAAAAUCAAACGUUCAUCGAAUUCGACUGGGUCGUCGGCCCGAUACCGUAUGAAAAACUAAUCCCAACCGGAAAAGAGGUGAUCUCGCGCUACUCGACAAAUAUUGCGUCGGCCGGCAUUUUCUACACGGACUCCAACGGUCGCCAGGUUCUCAAGAGAACCCGCAACUCGUACCCGACAUUCCCGUUCAACAACACGGAACCCGUUGCCGGUAAUUAUUAUCCGGUCACCAAUCGACUUUUCCUCAAGGACGCCUCGACGCAGCUCACCGUACUCCCCGAUCGAGCACAGGCCGCCUCCAGUCUCGCCGAUGGAUCCCUGGAAUUGAUGCUCCACCGUCGCUGCUUCUUCGACGACCACUUCGGCGUGGAUGAGGCGCUGAAUGAACCCGGCAAGGAUGGGCGUGGCUUGGUUGUCAGGGGAAAGCAUACGGUAUUGCUGCAGGAUGUCAAGACAGCCGCGUCCACGCACCGUCCACUAGCCGUCGGCGUAUUCCACAAGCCGGUGCCAAUGUUCGCCGAUGUCCAGGAUUAUCCCACUUACCGCAAGAACUACCUCACCAGGUUUGCCGGCCUGAUCAAGGAACUGCCGGCUAGCAUUAAUGUGCUGUCACUGGAGCAGAGAAGCCAGAAUACCGUACUCCUCCGGCUUGAGCACAUUUUCCAGGCCAACGAAGAUGCCACGCUCUCCAGUCCGGUUACCAUCGACUUGAAGAAGCUCUUCGCCAGACUUACCGUAACCGCCGUCCAAGAACUGUCACUGGGCGCCAAUCGGAAUGGCCCCGGAACUGACUCCACCAUCACGCUAAAGCCCCAACAGAUCGGCACCUAUCUGCUGACCGUGCAGGGACGA